CCGUGAACUGAGGAUAGGCUUGACUUGGGCCGGGACGGACUGAAGCUAAGGAGUUCGGGUUGGGUGAUGAUGGCUUGUCAAAACAAGGGGACGUUGUGGCUUGAGAGGGCGUGCAAAGAUGGAGUGUGUGAUCCAGUGCCAACUCAAUCGGUGCUGCGCGACAAGCUACAAAGCACUGUGGCGAACUGACGGAGACUGUGAUGGAGGCGCGACGGGCUGCGGGUGAAGUGCAAGUGAAGUAGUAGAGGAGGUGUUGUGUGAGUGUGCUGAUAAAGGCAAGGUGAAGCAGUAGGUGAGGCAGGUAGGUGAGGUAGGUGGUGAUGGAGGUGGUGGGUGACGGGAGUCAAGGCAGAAGGGUCGGGUGGUUCUUGCGGAAAAAAGCACCUUGAGGUAUCUCAAACCUUUUGCCUGUCAAACCGGGCGCUCCGUUUCAACUUGCUCUCUCUUUGACCUUCCGUUCCCAGCUCAGCGACAGCUGUAGUGGGAUGCCACGAGUGUCGAUGUGUUAGGUGUGUGGAAUGCGACCGAUGCGCAAGGCAGCGUGCAGGAUUAAUAUCGAAGAGGCAAACCGAUCGAUGCGGGAGACCGAUGGAUACCGUGUGAGUGGGAGACGACGGCACGGGGUAGGUGACUGGUCGGGUUCUGUGGCGAUGAUAAGUUUUCCACGUUCAAAGGGAUGAAGGAAGGAAGAGAGGGCAGGAGGAGGAAGAGGUCGGGUCGGUGUCUCGAAAUAAUCGAGUUUUGGCUGAGAGGGACGGAAAUGGAAGCGAGACCCAGCGUUUCGCAGCCAGCCUCGCUGGGCGGUGGAUGCCCUUUCACCGUGCACUCUUCUGGCCACAGCCGGCCGAUGUUCUAAUUUGGCGGUAAUAGUGGGGCAACCACGUCGCGCUCGGCUUCGGAUUGGUUCGCCAGCAAGCCAACAGUGGAACGGUAGCAACGCCUCUCUCACCAGUCCUCCAUUUUAAUUUACAACUCUCUUAAACGCAUGUUGCCCCAUGCUUUGUACGACAUAUUUGUUUCGUCUACCCGAUUCUUCUAUUGUGACAUAUUUCUCGGCAGCAAAUCUUUGAGCUCCCGAUGUCUUCUUGGAGGGCGGAAUAUGAAAGAGUAGAAUUACAUAAAGCUGCGGCUGAAGAAGUGUCACGAGUCUCCGCGGACCUCCACAUUCACAAUUCAAGAUCUUCUAUUUUCCAUCCCACCUGUCCCGCUUCCCGUCUUGCCGCCGCCCUACGCGGAGACCUGAUCCCGUUGUCCGAGCCCAAUGGAGUUUGAAUAUGACAACCCCGCCAGGGCCCACGAGGCAGACAUGGAGCGGACUAUACAGGAGCUCAACAAGAGAAAGAGAGAGCUUGAGGAGGCAAUCCAGGAGUUACGGUCAUCUUCAACUGUGCCGGACACUAAGCCCUCACCAGAAGACACCCUGGAGAUCUUUACCAAGGCAUAUGAAGAAGUUGCCGAGUCCAAACCGUUCCUUCCUGCGCCAGGCUCGGUUCUGCCAGCCCUGCUUGCCAUCAGGAACGCACGCAACACAAUAAAUGAGUCCAAUGAGUAUCUGGAAUCACAGGCGAAGUCACAGGAUGAGUUGGCUCGAAAAUUGGAGGCCGAAAAGACGGCCCUGCGAGAGCAACAGGCGCUGAAAACAGCUCUGGAGAACCGUAUUCAAUCUCUACGGGACGGGCUCGAGAACAAGCAAGAAAAGACGCCGGAGCAGAUGGCCAAGGAGCGCAUUGCCGAGCUCAAGCGACAAAAAAAGGAGUGGGAAAACAGAAUAGCCAAAUUAACCAAGGACCUUGAUUGGUUCAUUGAAGAGCACUUGGGGCCUAUGUUGGCAGCCGAAGAGCUCGGCGGGCCGGUUGUUGGGCAGCUGACGGACAUCGACCCUGAAGAUCUGAGUGCUGGCUUCAGUGCUCAGGGGAAGCUGAAAAAGGCUAAAGACCGGACAGACAUUGACAAGCGACAGAGACGAAUAGAUGAGAUCUGGGGAGCUCAGGACCAGCAAGGCGAGAGCAACAAGAGAAAACGAGAGGAGGACGAAGCAUCUGCUGCGGUUGCUGACAUUAGGCGUCUCAUUGAGCAACUGAUGAACAAGCUGGUGGAGUCACAAGGUGACAACUCGGCAAGCUACUUGAAGAUAUCCAAGGAGACAGCCGCGGUCCGGUUUCUCGUCCGAUCCAAGGUCGCCUCAUUUCAUCCCAAGGAUGCACAAAAGUUGCGACUUGUAGAUUUCGGGAGGGAUAUCGAUGAUUAG